GCCAGCUUGACUCAUGAUGCACGAGUCGCACUCGCACUCGCCCUCGCCUCAACCCAAUUCAACACCCUAGCUAGUCCCUUCAACACUAACACUCAGGUAUGCAUACCAUCAUUCACCAUUCAUCCCUGGUCCCCAUCCCCAUUAUCGAGAUCCCAUCCCCUCUCGCAAUUCUCCAUGCAAGCUCCCCAGCCCGAACGGAAGGAGAAGAAGAAGAAGAAGAAAAAAAGAAAGAGGCAGACAGAAGCGAACCAAUCAAUCCUCCCCCACAACCGCACCAAUAUGAUGAGAACAUUUCCCAAGAACCGGUAUAUUAGGAAGAGCCGGAAGAGGUAUGGCAGGAGCCAUUGUUGCUUCCUUGUCGUCGAUGCUUAUAAUGGUUCUGCUGAAUGGUAUCCCGGUUGUGGCUUGAUUGGUUCGGUCGAUUUUUUGUUUUUUUUUUUCUUUCUUCCUCCGGGGCCCAUCCUUCAGUCUCGACUUGGGCUGGGCCCCAGAGCGCUUGGGUGGAAAUCCUGAUCCUGCUGCCUUGGCUGUCGGUUGUUUGGUUACAUAUGCUGACAAUUUUAUUAGUAUAGUACUUUCUAGGUUUGCUGGUUCUGUUGGCUGUAAUUAUUGUAAGAGAGGUACAUUGUACUGUGUGUGUGUGGAUGUGAAUGGUGGUUGUAAAAGAGU